UCCAGCGACAUAGCUAUUACGCUAACUGCUGAUCCCUGUUUUGUAGUUUUUUGUUUAAAUUUAAUUUUCACAUAGUGGAAGGAGUGAGAAACUGGAGCUUUUUCUAAAGCCCUUGAUAUCAGUCGAAGGAGAUGCAAAUCCUCUUACAGAGAAACCACAGGGCACUGGCUGUUAGUCUUGGUUCCCUAGCAAAAAUAUCUCUUUGGGUCCUUCCAAUGAUUGAGAAUGUUUUGUCACACUAAGUGAUGCUCAUGUACUCCUAUUAGGUGUCCUGUGCCAAACUCCACAAGAUGCCAAGAGAUGACCCUCACUUCGUCUAUGGUUACUCUAGGAAGGGGCAUGACCGCUCCCACAUCACAGCUGAAGAGGCCGCUGGGAUUGGUAUCCUGAUAGUGAUCCUGGGAGUUUUACUGCUCAUUGGCUGCUGGUAUUGUAGAAGACGAAGAGGGUACAGAACUUUGACGGACAAAAGCCUUCAUGCUGGUACUCAAAGUGCCUUAAUGGGCAGAUCAUCACAUGAAGAGGUUUAUCAUCAGGACAGCAAACUGCCUUUUCAAGAGAAAAACUGUCAAUCUGCGGUUCCCAAUGCUCCACCUGCCUAUGAGAAACUCUCUGCAGAACAGUCACCACCACCUUACUCACCUUAAGAGCCAGCAAGGCACCUGAGAAAUGCUGAAAUGAUUUUCUUCACACUUUUGCUUAAACUUAAUAUAGACAUCCAAUAUUGCUUUGAAAUGCUGUAGGAACGAUGUACAUCACUUCUAAUAAUAAGCCAAUGUUAAAGUUUUAGUGGGGUAACUAGCCAGUAUUAAUCAAG